UGCUCCGGUGGCUUGACAUGGCGGCAGCGGCGGCGACUGCAGCGACGAAGGGGAAUGCGGGCGGGGGGGCCCGGGCCGGGGCCGGCGAAGCGGGCAGUGCGCGGAAAAAGAAGGGCCCAGGGCCUCUGGCCACGGCGUAUCUGGUCAUCUACAAUGUGGUGAUGACGGCCGGGUGGCUGGUUAUAGCAGUUGGUCUCGUCAGAGCAUACCUGGCUAAAGGUAGCUAUCAUAGCCUUUAUUAUUCCAUUGAAAAGCCUUUGAAAUUCUUCCAAACUGGAGCCUUACUAGAGAGCUUUGGCCAAGACAGUUCUCUUCAGCUACAGAGAAGCUUUGGGGCCAAGACAAGCAGACUCCCUAUUUUACAUUGUGCAGUAGGAAUUGUUCCAUCUUCUGUUGUCCUGACUUCCUUCCAGGUGAUGUCAAGAGUUUUUCUGAUAUGGGCAGUAACACAUAGUGUCAAAGAGGUGCAGAGUGAAGACAGUGUCCUCCUGUAUGUUAUUGCCUGGACAAUGACAGAAAUUAUCCGUUACUCCUUUUAUACUUUCAGUCUAUUAAACCAUCUGCCUUACCUCAUCAAAUGGGCCAGGUACACACUUUUCAUUGUGCUGUACCCAAUGGGAGUGUCGGGAGAACUGCUUACAAUAUAUGCCGCUUUGCCCUUUGUCCGACAGGCUGGCCUGUACUCCAUCAGUCUGCCCAACAAAUACAAUUUUUCCUUUGACUAUUAUGCAUUCCUCAUUCUGAUAAUGAUCUCCUACAUUCCAAUUUUUCCCCAGUUAUACUUCCACAUGAUACACCAGAGAAGAAAGGUCCUUUCUCAUACUGAAGAACACAAGAAAUUUGACUAACUCCUGCUUCCUGCGCACCCCCAAAAAACAAACUUUUCAAUGACAAAAAAUGCUGCAGACUUUUUGAGUUCCCAAUACAUUUCAUAGAAAAUAAGUAAGAACUAUUUUUAAAAAUAUAAAAAAAAUAAAAACCAAAAUCCAGUGUCACACAGGCCUGGGAUUUUAUUUAAAACAACAGCGACAGCAACAACAACCACAACUCUUACGUAAAACAUCCUGACUGGUCCAUUCCAGCAUGCUCUUUGAACCAGAUGUUCCCAGUAUUUCUGAAGGCGCUGGAAGGGGAUCUGGCCGUUUUAGAGCUGCCUGUUUCCUCCCUGUAUGUGAUUAGUAAAGAUCUGUAACACUAACUACCUGGGAGUUAGAGUCAGAGUAAGGAAGUUGUACCCACCAAAUGCCCACCUCACAGUAGAGUUCUGUUUCGGUCUGCAGUGUGUUUCGCAUUCCCUUUCCAAAGUGCUUGACUGCAUGCUGGAAACCGUAUUUUUGAAGCGGCAAACUUUGUUCUCUGGAAUGUUAUGAAGUUCUGGCUGGGACCUAUCCCCUCCUACCUAGUGAAUGAAUUAUACCACGUAUAUGUCUGUGAAGCUUUGGGGUAGUACCUGUAACCGGAAAACAACUAGAACACUUUUGUUUGUUUUCAGUUGAGUCAUUACUGCCUGCCACUGAGGAAAAUGCUUGAAUUUAUUAAGUAUGCGUACUUCGUAGAGAACCUAUCUUAUCUAGGGCUCAGUCUCGAUCAUAUUUUAACCCAGUGACAGUUCUCAGAAAGGGAAGGCUCACUCGCUGGUAAAUGACAAGUACCUUUCACUGUGUCCUUCUCAGAAUGCCUCUGAGUAAUGUAUUUACCCAUAGCUCUUCUCCCUUAGGGACCCAAAGCCAGGCAAGUCACAUAAGGGGUAGAGAGUCUGUAAUUAAAAGCACAUGGAAGGUGUUACUUUAGAAAUACAGACCUGAAGAACAUUUAGGAAUAGGUUUCUAUACCCUUAUUACUUUAUUUUUAGAUUUCAUUCAACUCUUCUGUUAGAAUACUUUGCCUAAUUAUGGUCCUGUGUAAUUCCCACCAAGCUGUAAGUCCAGAGCGGUGAAGUGUUCCAGUCGGGCAGACAUGAGCUAAAAGCAGUAUCAUCUCCAUGUGUUGGAGCUAAGAAAUACUUGAGUCAUGUGGACCUUGUCUAAUUACUGUCAUGUUUUCUUACCAUUUAAUUGCUCAACUGUGCAUUUAAGGCUCUUCAAGAGAGAGCUGAUGAAAAUGUAAAGCCCAAGUUCAGAUGUGCAUUAAAUUUUAAACACAGAAUGUUCUUUGUGGAUUCUUUUCUCCCUUUUUUAUAAGCCGUUGAUCUUUAAAUUUUUAAAAACCUAGCUUACUAGCUUACUGAGUAGUUAUUUAAAAUAUAAUUGCUAAUAUCUGAAGAGUGUCAUAAGGGAAAACUAAUUUUUUCAAUGUUAUUUUCAUAGAAGCCUGAUCAUUAAAAGGAAGAUGAGAAGAAAGUAUGGAGCCUAAAAUUUAAUGCAGGCAGAUGUGUAAUAAAAUCAUUUUUGAAUUGAACAUUAAAAUUCUGCUUCUUUAAGUCAGCACUCUUAACUUGGGCAUGGGGAGAUUAGGAUCUGUUCUUGUACUGCAUCAACUAAAUAUAGAGGAAAGAUUAUUUUUCAUGUUUUUUUCUUUUUCUGUUUCCAGAAUGUAUUUCUACUGUAAAAUAGAAACAAUUUGAGUUAUAUUAGUCUUACUGCUUAGUUUGGGUAAGAUUUUUCUCAGUCAUUUCUGGAAUAGUUAUAGAAUAUGCGAUGACAAAUGUAGGUUUUCCAGGAUCGCUGGAUUGGGGGUUGUAUUUGGGCCUCUGUGUUAUAAAUUGUCACUAUUUAUGAAGAACAGUGUCCCAGACAGUGGUGUUGCAUCAAAUUGAACUUGGGCAGCGAGAACACAGCAAGCAACUCCCUCCUCAUGAAGGGUCUCCACCCCAUUGUGUAUUUUUGUCCGGCGACAUUUAAAAUGCUCACAGCAGAUAAGUAAGGCAUGCACACGGCCGUGUCCUUCAUCCACCUCUCUCGGUAACUGGCCGCUUUAUCCCAGCCGUGAAUUAAUUUCUCCUUUGACAUGGCGGUGUUCUUUUACGAACGGAGAACAUCUAACCCUACCAACUGUCACAUCUUAUAAAGUGUGAAUGAGGAAGGCGGUGUCUGGUGGGUGUUUUUGUCAGACUUGCUGUUUUCAUUUCAAGACACGGUCAAAGACAUCCUCGGCCCCGCCACCCACCUUGGUGGGUGUUUCAGAUCCCCCCACUUCGUGGACUGCCUUCCGGCAGAGAAUUCUUUGAGUUACACAGUCGUGCUUUGUAGACACAAGCUGCCAAUCUGCAUCUUGCUGCGUUCUGUUUGCUCAGGUUGGGAUCACUCAUUUAACACGUACUCCCCAUUAUCAGAGGCACCGUGGAGAGUUAGUCAUGGAGUAAAGCACUGUCCUUCCAGAUAAAGUCCAUUCCUUUGGAGCGAACUUCCCACAGGAAGGGUUUAGAAGAGAUAGAGAUAAAGAGGCCUAUGAAGAUGGUGCCCUUGUUUCUACUGGUUUGUUUGGAUUAUUCGUUUAUAACAAAUGAUUGGCACUGAUGUGGUACAACCUACAAAUUAUUUUCAGUUCUGAGUUUCUAGAUAAAACAUUAUAAAACAUCAAAACCAGUACAUACUGCUCCUUUGAAAUUUGGGUAAGAAAUUAUAUGACCAUAUAUAUAUAGUCCAUUUUUGUAUUUUUUCUAUGUUGUGAAAACCAAAAUUGUAAUUUUAUAAGUCUUUGAUUCACUAAAAUUAUAUAAUUUAAAUGUAUUUUUUGUAUAUUUAGAAAUAAGGAGUUCAAAGACUAUACCUAACUUUCUAUGCAUGCAUUUGGAAGCUGUUUUUACCUGAUAAUGUUAAUGUAGUAAUAAGUUGUAUUCAUAAAAUACUGAUGUGUUGCAUUUCAAAAUAAACUGUGUGCUCUGCCUGGA